AUGGCGUUUUGGAGUGCUAACAGAAAUGUCUCUGUGAUAAAGAGCGCACUAGGUUUAGCGUCUAAUGUUUUCUCUAAAAACUCAACCUUAAGUGGUCCAAUAUUACAAGUUCGUACUGCUACUAAAAGAGCUGCUGGUUCAAGAACAAAUAUGAAAGAUUCUGCAGGUCGUCAUUUAGGUCCUAAAAAGAAUGAAGGUCAACAAGUAGAACCAGGUCAAAUUAUAAUGAGACAACGUGGUACUAAAUUUUUUCCAGGUGAAAAUGUUGGCAUCGGUAAAGAUCAUACAAUUUUUGCAUUAGAACCAGGUUUUGUUCGUUUUUAUUAUGAUCCAUUCCACCCAAGAAGAAGAUUUGUUGGUGUUGCUUUAGAUCAAGAAAGUAGAUUACCAACACCUCAUUUUGCACCAAGAGCAAGAAGAUUUGGUUACGUCCCAAUAGAGGAUCCAAAAAAAGCAUCAAUUGAAGAAACUCAUUUAAAUCGUAAACAAUACCUUGCAAAACCAAAAUUGGAUGAAGAUUUAAAAUUUAGAGAACAAAAAAGAGCUAAGACUUUAUCACAAUAUCAAAAAGACUUAAGCCAGAUCAUUCCAGAAUUGGAAGCUGAACAAUUGAACAUUGCUUCAGAACAUUUAUUACUAGUAAGAAAUCAUUUGAAAAAUGGUUCAAAUGAUACUGAAGCUAGAUCGACAGCAAUAGCCGUUCAUAUUCAAAACCUUAAAUUGUCAUUGAGAAAAAGAGAAAUAAAUGAUUCAGAGUUUAAAAAUUCAUUAGAUUCAUACCAAAAUUUGAUUUCAAGAUUAGAAAAAGAAGUUUCAUUCGAUUCUAAAUACAAUUUGAUUAAAUUCCGUUCUGAAGAAGAAAGAAUAACAUUGGUUAAUGAAUUAAGAUCAACAAUUGAAGAAGUAUUGAAGAGCAACUCAAAGGAUAAAUUACAAAAAGUCAAAGAUUUAAUCUUCAACUCUACUGUUUUAACACUUUCAGAAGCCGUCAAAUUUAAAAGAACUUUUGCUAAAUCUGUUCUUCCAGAAUCUAUUGGUGUCUCUGAAUCAGUUGGUAAAAACUCUAUUGUUACAAAACGUUGGAACUACACUAAACAAAGAGUCGAAGUUAUUGCCAGAACUAAAGAAGCAUUUCUUUCAAAAUAG